AAUACCACAAGUUACAUGGCUGAGAUAAGGUGUCUGAAAAAAUUAUAACACCCUUUUUCACAUCGAUAUGCGUUACUUCAAAUUUCAAGCCGAAAUAAAUAUAUGUAAAUUUGAGAAGAACAUGAGCAUCAUUGUAGUUUUUUUCAAUUUUUUCAGAUAAGAUGUAUGUAUGUCAGUUUUGUGCCUACCAGUCCCAACAACUGGCAUCGUAUUUGGAGCAUCGAAAAUUGCAUUUAAACAUCACUCAAAACUUCCAUUGUGGUUUUAAUGAAUGUAAAAAGAUGUAAAAAGAUGCCUACAAGUGUCCUUACGAUCUCAUUUGUUGCGAACACAUAAAGUUCUUAGAGGAGUAAAAACCGAUAGUCCCUAUACUUCUCGUACUGUGAAUACAAAAUUUAUCUGUUUGAUGCCUCUGUGCAUGAAAGAAUUCGACUCGUCUCGAGCGAUUAUUAAACAUUUAAAAUGUUAUAUUUGACAAAAAGAAAAAAUUAAGUGUCUUUUUAGAGACUGCAAUAAUGAAUAUGAUAUUUUGCAUUCCUUCACCGAACAUUUAUCUAAGAAGCACAAGAAUCCUCCUGCCGGUAAUACAUCAUGCCUCGCUCUUCAUCAUUAUUUGAGACAUUACCCUGAAUUAAUUGUGAGAUUCGGGCCAUUGAUGAAGAUUUGGUCUCUAUGUUUUAAAAGCAAACAUACGUAUUUCAAGCGAGUUCUUCGAUACAGUCGAAAUUACAAAAAUAUCAUUAAAUCUUUGAGUGAAAAACACGAACUAUUUCAAAGUCUAUUUCGAUUUGGUGCAGAUAUCAGACCAGAAAUUGAUAUAAAAGAAAUGUCAAAUUUUCAAAAAUGUAUUUAUCAUGACAGCAUUCAAUCAGCAGUAGAAAAAGUACGUCUUCCCGAUAAUAUUCAGGAGUGCAAUGAAGUAACGGUGAAAGGCAUUGUGUACAGAAAGGAAGAUUGUUUAGUGAUUCGGCAAAAAGGCUAUUAAUAUGAUAUUGAAAUCGGAAAAAUGUCUAUUUUUUUGAGCGAUGAACAAUGUGUAUUCAUGGUAUUCGAAGUAUUGGAGACGCUUUUUAUUCCAUAUCUUCGCGUUUAUCAGAUCGGAAAAUGUGUCAGAUACGAAUGUUUAUCAUUAGACAAUUUGCCAAGUACGGAAAAACUGUACAUAUAUAAUAUUGGGACCAUUAUUUGCGUGAAACCAAGCUACGGUUUGGUUGCUCGCCCUCUGUAAAAUUGAAUCUAAUAUUGAAGGUUGGUUUUUGCAAAGAAAGAAAAACUGCAAUAAGUUAUGUGUGUCUCAGAAAUGGUGGAGGUGCAUCACAAAUUCACAAAUAAUUGUAUCUUGACUUUUAUGAAAUGUUGUGCAUUAUGUUUACGCAUUCGAUAUCUUUUCUUAUGUUUUGGUGUUAUUAUUGUUUUAUUCGCAGAUCUGCAGAUCAGCAGCAUGUCACUGUUUAAAGUGUGCCAUUCCGAUUGUUCCAGAAAAGUAAUGAUAAAAGCAGCGACGCUAACAGAGCUAAUUGCUGGUGCAAAAGCUAAAUUGAAAAUGGCUGACGUUGUGUAUAAGGUAGUAUUAGAAGAAGACGGAACCGAAAUCGACGAUGACGAAAUUCUUUCUGACAUUGCGAAGCUCUCUCAAACACCCAUAAAUCUUAUGCUACUGUCGGAGGAUUUAUCGUGGCAAUCAUUGGCCAAGAACAGUGCUGUUGAAAACUCCGAAGCUGGACAAUCUACUCCAACGACAAGCAUUUCAGGGGGUCAUGAUGAUCAGAUUACUUCGUCGCACCCCGUAGAAGUAUUGGGAAGCAACAUAUGGAAAAUAUUCCCAAGGCGUCUGACAGAAUGCUGCAAUAACGGUCAAAGAGCUCUUGAAGUCGACAGGCGAACAAUGGUAGCUGGUAUCGCAGAGUAUAUGACACAAGAUCUGAAAGACUACUCAAGAAGAACGGCUGAGCGGAUUGCAAAGAUCAUCACUGAGAAAUAUCCCAAAACCUUCAGCGAUGUGAUCAACAAUAAAACCGUGGGAUCUGGAAUGGAAAAUUUGCGGCAGCAGAUUUAUAACGCCGUUAAUUAUCGAAAAGGAAUCGAUAAGGAAACAAAAAGACGCUCCGAAAUUCGGCUCAGUGAGGAGACCGCAGAUGAUCCUGCUCCUGCGCUACCGAAACCGCGAAAACAAGAUGAAUAUGUUUGUACUGAGUAUCAACCACUUUUGCCGCCAACCGAGUCGACAACUUCACAAACAAACAAAAAAUUGCAACUCAUUCAAUUCUUCAAAUCUGACGAGAAAGACGAAAAAGAAAUAUCUCAAUUAAUGGACGAUACCUACCCGACACAGAGAGUCGACAUCAAUAAGAAAACGAGAGAUCUCGUCCAACUGCUCCAGGUCUGGUCGUACCUUCAAAGCCCAAAGUACCUCAUAGACCAUGCUUCACGUCUUCUUGGCAAAUCAGUUCAAGCAACGUGGGAAGAAAGUUUGACUAUGUACGCCAAGCCAAUCCAAAAAUACGAUCUUCAGCGAGAAAUCGAAAAUGAUAAAGUUACGGCAAUCGAAUAGCAUUAGCGAAACGAAACCGAAUGAUUCUAAGAUUGACAUUCCUCAAAUAAUAUCUGAUGCAAAAGCAUCGAGUACAGCUACACAAAGUGAAGUCGCAUUGAUAGCGGUGAUCUUUCCUCUAAUCUCCACACAGUUGAAGGAAGAUCCGCAAUACUUAUUCAAGGUCAUACCCGUGAGUGCCAUAAUUUUCUAUUUUUGACAUUACUGCUUGCAAAUAAUUGUGAAUUAAUCUCAGCAAUCACUGGCUUAGUGCUUUCCCUAUAUAUUUUAUUCACAUUGACUCGAUUUUGAAUAUUUUUAUUUCCGUCAAAUUCCUUUAACUAGUGCUUUAUAUUAUAUU